GUGGUAGCAGGAACUAAUUCCCCUUCGGGUCACCCAAGACCUGGACGUGGAAAUUUCACGGACCAGGGUUCCUUGUGACCCUUGGAAGAAGAAACGAUCUCUCCGAGUUAGAAACACCCCUGCCAGCUCAAAAGCGUGAUUCGGUUUAAACUAGGGCUUUGGCCUCCUGACCCCAAUCAAGCCCCGCCCCUUCCUGGUUGUCUUAGCGACGGCGGUGGCGUCCCAAGAUGGCGUCGUGGUUGCCGGAGACACUGUUCGAAAUUGUAGGACAAGGCCCGGCGCCGAGCAAAGACUAUUAUCAAUUAUUGGUCACCCGCUCUGAGAUAAUUUUUAGAUGGUGGAAGAUAUCUCUGAGAAGUGAGUAUCGAUCAUCAAAACCUGGAGAAACAAAAGAAACUCAUGAAGACUUCCUAGAGAAUUCACACCUUCAAAUUCAAAUUGCCUUAAUAUUUGGUGCAAGGAUAUUAGACUAUGUCUUCAAUAUGUGUGAAGGUAAAUUUGAUUUCCUCGAACGGCUCUCAGAUGAUUUGCUCCUGUAUAUCAUUUCUUAUCUGGAUCUUGAAGACAUUGCCAGGCUUUCUCAAACAUCACACAGAUUUGCAAAGCUGUGCACAUCUGAUAUUCUGUGGGAGCAGAUAGUGCAAUCCUCCUGUGACACCAUCACUUCUGACAUGAGGGCCCUGGCAGAGGACAUAGGCUGGAGACACAUGUUCUUCACCAACAAGCUCCAGCUGCAGCGGCAGCUCCGCAAGAGGAAACAAAUGCACGAGAGCCUCGGAGAGAAUCAGCUAUUUUAGAGACACCUUUGGCUGCCGGCAGGAAGCUCUGAGGCACCUCUGUGCUUCUCUUCAGGGUCCAAAUCUUAAGAACAAUGUUCCACUGAUCCCAGAGUCUUUCGAAAAGAAUAGAGGAUUUGUACACAAAUGCAGAACUUGGCCACCCAGUGCCCUGCUGGAACCACCAUCCCUGUUACACUGAGGGCCAAGCUGUGGCCCUAGAACAAGGAGGUCAAGAUAAGGAGCUUCGCAGGUCACUGUCUUCCCAACCCUGACGGUGCUCAGAACAGACACUUGUGCUGUACAUCAACAAACAAUAAACGAUCAUCAGCCAGUUUUAUUAUAUCUAUUGUAUGUAGAAUUUGAAUGGGUGACUGGACUCUUGAAUUUUUUCCUGGUGUUGUGUCAUCUGAGUUGUCACUGGGUCAGAGAUCCUAGAGAGGUCCUGAAAAGGAAGUGGUUGUCACUGGGACAGGGGUCUUACAGAGGUCCUGAAAGGGAAGUGGACCUCAACUCAGCCUGUGAGGGUCCCCUAUGUCAAAUCAGAAAGGAACUUAAGGGAUGGGUCACAGUGAGGGGCAAACUGGUUUUAUUAAGAGAAUGCAAGGUGUGCACGUUCUAGGGGUUGGUAGGGCGCGGGCACUGGCGAGGAAGUGCUAGUCCCCCGAGCAACAGGUGUGUACGUGUAAGAUCUAUGGUACACAGACGUCAUCGGAGAGGCCUCCCUUGUGUGCGUCCCUUGACAUGCUAAAUCAAAAUCUCUGGGUUGUUUUUUUCUGUUUUUGAUGAAAAAUCUCUAUUCAUUUCCUCACCUGGGGGUUUCAUUGUUGUGCUUUGCGAAUUUUAACAGGAUGACAUUUGUGUGGCAUUGAAGGUUCUAUGGAGAGUGUGACAUGGGGAUGAAGUCAUCAGAUCUUAAAAAUAGAAACCACAGGAAAGCCUAUUUGUUGAGCAAAGCCCUCUCAGUCCUGUUUUUUGUUUUGUUUUGGUUUGUAUGUUUUUUUAGGUCUAAGUCAGGAGAGAAGUUAUUUAUGAACACAGAUAAGGUCUGAUAAUUGAUUUAUGAACCAAGUAUAUGGAAUUGAAAUUUAAAUCUGGGGUUUUAAAUCACAUAAAAGUGGACUUAAA